AGCCUUCCUCCCUUUUCUUGCCAUCUCUGCCUUGGCAUUUCUCUCCUCCUUCCCUCCACCAUCUCCCCGCAGGCUCCUCCGAUAACCAGCAGCCAUGCCCUCCGCCGGCGAGAACUAUGCUGUCUACUCCAGCAUGUAUUCCCUGGCAGGCGCCGUCGUCUUUGCCAUCGUAUACUUCCUCCUCUUCUUCGCUUUCGUCUUCAAGGCCAUUAGCCGCCCAACAUACGUCCACUUUAUGUUGGCAUUCUUCUGCAUCAUCCGUAUAUGCGCCUUUGUAAUCCGUGCACUCCUCAUCAAGGAAGAAAGUAUCGGCGAGAACCUGAACGUCUUCAUUGCAUACCAAAUUAUCUACAAUGUCGGUUUCUUCGGUAUUCUCUACUCCGCAUACACUCUCGUCCUCGACCGCAUGUCUUUUGCCAAGCGCCGCCCGAACGGCCCCAUCUCUAUGCUGCUCUCGCGCCCCUUCCUGUUCAGGAUUGCGCUGUCUGCUGGCAUUGCCCUCGGUAUCGCUGGCGCUUCUAUAGCCGCGACCGCUACGAAGGCGUCGACGGCUAGCACCGGCUCAACGCUCCGCGAGGCCGCUGUCUACAUCUUCCUUGCCCUCUCGGCGCUUGUCUUCCUCCAGACGAUCUUCCUCGCCCGUGCUGAGUCAUCAGAUGGCACCUACAAGCAAACCAUGGAUGGGUUUGGCGCCCAGAAUGGCGCCUUCAUUCUCGCCCUCAUCUCGCUGCUCCUGGUCGCUCGCGAGGCGUUCUUCACUGCGACGAUACACAACACCAGCGAGCAGAACAACGAGAAGCUCUGGUACCCGCUCUCUGCCCUGACCGAGCUCGUUGCCGUCAUCCUCUUCCUCAUCCCUGGCCUCGUGCCCGCACGGAAGGAGAUCCGUGACAACAACUACUAAGCGAGGCGGGUACUUCCUUAGCGACGGGGUUGGAUUUAGGUGCCCAGUAUGGCGGAUAGAUGGAUUGUUGGAUGGACAGAUGCUAGUUCGUCGGAUUGGCAGAUAGUACUCGAGCCCAGGCAGAGUGCUAAAUGUAGGGGUGCGGUGGGAGCGCAUGCGUAUCAUGACUCCGCACUUUUUGCGGAUCUAUAUAUCUCCUCUCUGUUUUCAUUCCUUUCUUUGCCGUUUGCUGUCUAUCUGUCUCUGGUCCCGGCUGUGGGCCUAGUAAUGUAUGUUCACGACUAAUUGAUAUUUAUGAUUCGUGUCGCUUGCGAAUGAUACCAGAUUCUUGCGUUGUCAUAAUC